AUGAAUGGAUGGCAGUAUGAAAUGGGAGUGGUCAUUUAUGAAAAUGCAGCAGCAGCUAUUCAUAAAGAGCAGUCAAUUGGAAACUCACUUUUCUUCAGCAUUGGCUUUCUAAAACUUUUCCUAUACUCAAAAAACGAAGGCAAUAAUUCAGCAGUGCUGAUAUGUGGUGUGCUGCUGAUGAUUUCUGCAGUCGUCAUCUUAUCUUACAGUCGGCAGAAAUUGGUAUUUCAAAAUUUCGGAAUAAAACGAUUGUGA